AAGAUGUUAAGCCUUGGAUGGUGGAAAAGAAAGGAAAGGAAAAUAAAAGGGGAAAAAAGAAAGAUUACACAGCAAACAUGCAAUUGUUCGUCAAUUGCAAAAUCAGUAAAGUUUAUUAUCAGCUUAUUGAAGCUCUAAUAAGUUAUAAUUUUCUAUAUACUCAUAAAACUAAAAGAAUGGUCUAAGCUUCAAUUCUCCUCUUUAAAUAAAGUUUAUGCUUUCCCUCCAUUUUCUGCUUAACCUUCCUUGUUCUUCUACAUAACUCAAGGGCAGCUUCUUCAUCAAAACAUUCCUUUCUUAACAAAAACAUCUCAAAGCUACCAUUUUGAGAUAAAAAGAACCUUAAAAAUUAUUCCUUCCUUUAAUACUCUCUUUGGUGAGUAUAACUUCUUUGCUUCCACUUUGAGUUUCAGGUUGCAGCCCAAAAAAAAAAGGACAAUGAUACUAAUUGUAGAAGUGAUAGAUGCUCAUGAUCUUAUGCCUAAAGACGGUGAAGGGUCAGCUAGUUCAUUUGUAGAAGUUGAUUUCCAAAACCAACUAAGCAAAACUAAAACCAUUCCUAAAAACCUUAAUCCUGCGUGGAACCAAAAACUUGUCUUUGAUCUAACGGAAAGCGAAAACAUCCAUAACCAAUCCAUAGAGGUCUCUGUUUAUAACGAAAGAAGAAUUAUUGACGGUCGAAACUUCCUUGGUAGAGUUAGAAUUCCUUGUUCUCACAUUGUCAAGAAAGGUGAGGAAGUUUAUCAAACUUUCCAAUUGGAAAGUAAGCGGUUUUUUUCUCCUGUUAAGGGUGACAUUGGCCUCAAAAUUUGUAUCUCACCAGAAUCCAAAACAAAAUCUCCUCCUCCUCCUCCUCUCUUCUCUCCACCAAAACCACCAGAAAGUAAUAACCUUUCAGAAAGCAAUAAUCUUGGCUGCAAAACACUAGCUGCUGUUCCAAAAGCAGAAGUUUCUGCAAUUAGUACUACUAAAGGUACUAAAGCACAACCUGAAAAAGAAAUUUCUACGCUUCCAGUGAUAGUAAAUUCUACUUCAUUUAUUGAAUCUAGAGGAGUUGCUUCUGAGAAAGAGCUAAACGGCGGGAGAAUUUAUAAGCAUCAAGUUCUACAGCAACCUCAAGGUGUAUUAUACACAAUGCACUCUGUCAAUCAACCAGAUCAUCCUAGUGAACAAGAUGACUAUAGUUUGAAGGACACUAAUCCUCAACUCGGGGAACGAUGGCCUGCUGGUGGAGCAUUUGGAGGCAGAGGAUGGAUGAAUAGUGAAAGAUAUGCAAGUACUUAUGAUCUCGUCGAGCAGAUGUCUUAUCUCUAUGUUCGCGUUGUCAAGGCGAAAGAUCUUCCUCCUAGUUCCAUUACUGGAAGCUGUGAUCCUUACGUGGAAGUGAAGCUAGGAAAUUACAAAGGGAGAACAAGGCAUUUUGAGAAGAGAAUGAAUCCAGAAUGGAAUCAGGUCUUUUCUUUCUCGAAAGACCGAAUUCAGUCAUCAACAUUAGAAGUUUUUGUCAAAGACAAAGAAAUGUUGGGAAGAGAUGAUUAUCUUGGAAGAGUAGUUUUUGACUUGAAUGAGAUCCCAACUAGAGUUCCUCCUGAUAGUCCUCUAGCUCCUCAAUGGUAUAGACUAGAGGAUCGACGUGGAGAAGGGAAAGUAAGGGGAGAGAUUAUGGUUGCAGUUUGGAUGGGAACACAAGCUGAUGAGGCCUUCCCGGAAGCAUGGCAUGCAGAUGCUUCUUCAGUUUAUGGAGAAGGUGUUCUUAGCAUUAGAUCAAAAGUCUAUGUAUCACCAAAAUUGUGGUAUCUAAGGGUGAAUGUGAUCGAAGCUCAAGAUAUUGUUCCAAAUGAUAGAAGCCGCAUACCAGAAGUAUAUGUAAAAGUUCAGGUUGGAAGUCAAGUGCUAAAGACCAAAGUAAGUCCUACUCGAACGUCUAAUCCACUUUGGAAUGAAGAUUUGGUGUUUGUGGUAGCUGAACCUUUUGAAGAGCAGCUGCUGAUUACUGUUGAGGAUAAAGUUCACCCUGCAAGAGAUGAUGUAUUGGGGAAAAUAAGCCUACCAAUCAACAGUUUUGAGAAAAGGUUAGAUCACAGGCCUGUUCAUUCUCGCUGGUUCAAUCUAGAGAAGUAUGGAUUUGGUGUCCUUGAAGUUGACAGGAGAAAAGAGCUUAGAUUUGCAAGCAGGAUUCACCUGAGAGCUUGUCUCGAAGGUGGGUACCAUGUCCUCGAUGAAUCAACAAUGUACAUCAGUGAUCAAAGGCCAACAGCAAGACAACUGUGGAAACAGCCUGUUGGGAUAUUGGAAGUAGGUAUUUUGAGUGCAAAAGGCCUUCUCCCAAUGAAAAUGAAGGAUGGCAGAGGUAGCACAGAUGCUUAUUGUGUAGCUAAGUAUGGCCAGAAGUGGGUUCGAACAAGAACCAUUCUCGACACUUUCAAUCCGAAAUGGAAUGAGCAGUACACAUGGGAAGUCUACGACCCCUGCACGGUCAUAACAUUGGGAGUUUUUGACAACUGCCAUUUAGGAGGUGGUGAGAAACCAAAUGCACCAAGUGCAGCAAGAGAUGGACGAAUCGGAAAGGUCAGAAUUCGAUUAUCAACCUUAGAAGCUUUUCGAAUUUACACACAUUCCUAUCCACUGCUUGUUCUACACCAAAAUGGAGUGAAGAAAAUGGGUGAACUGCAACUCGCAGUUCGAUUCACUACACUGUCUUUAGCUAACAUGAUAUAUGUGUAUGGUCAUCCUUUGCUGCCAAAAAUGCAUUAUUGGCAUCCAUUCACAGUAAAUCAAGUAGAUAGUUUAAGAUAUCAAGCCAUGAGUAUUGUAGCAGUAAGGCUUGGUCGAGCUGAACCACCACUGAGAAAAGAGGUGGUGGAGUACAUGUUAGAUGUGGAUUCCCACAUGUGGAGUAUGAGAAGAAGCAAAGCCAACUUCUUUAGAAUCAUGUCACUUUUCUCGGGUAUGAUCUCAAUGAACAGAUGGUUUGGUGAUAUUUGCCAAUGGAGGAACCCAAUCACAUCAGUUCUGGUUCAUAUCCUGUUUCUGAUACUGAUAUGGUAUCCAGAACUGAUACUCCCAACUAUUUUUCUCUACAUGUUCCUUAUUGGCCUAUGGAACUAUAGAUUCCGGCCGAGACAUCCACCUCAUAUGGAUACAAAACUAUCUUGGGCAGAAGCAGUGCACCCGGAUGAACUUGAUGAAGAAUUCGACACAUUUCCAACUUCCAAACCCCACGAUAUAGUUCGAAUGAGGUAUGACAGGCUUAGAAGUGUUGCAGGCAGGAUACAAACAGUAGUAGGGGACAUUGCCACACAAGGGGAGAGGUUCGGGUCUCUGCUUAGCUGGAGAGACCCCAGAGCAACUAGUCUUUUUGUUAUGUUUUGUCUUUGUGCAGCUGUUGUUCUCUAUGUGACUCCAUUUAGAGUGGUGGCUCUGGUUGCUGGUCUGUAUUAUCUGCGGCACCCUCGGUUUCGAAGCAAACUUCCAUCUGUACCCAGCAAUUUCUUCAGAAGGUUGCCAGCUAAAACAGACAGCUUAUUAUAAAAUGCUUUCUAGUUUGUUGAAUUGACAUUUUCAGUUUAUCUAACCAGUUUAUAGCUUGAAAAAUAAAUUAUCUGUAUUUCUAAACAAUCGUUCUGCACUUGUCUUCAAUAUAUAUGUAGAGACUCGCAAUUGCAUUCACAGCAGAACCAUCUUGUAAUCAAUUCUGACAUGCUUUAACGGAAUAUGUGGUCUCAUUUAA